GAGGGGGGGGGGGGUUAUUUUUAAUGCGUGAACCUCUUGUGCCAUGUGUUUGAAUGGCUGAGGGCCACAAGCUUGACAAUAUGGAGGUGUCACACAUAUUUCUGUCCAUUUCUUUUGAAGAUGGAAGCCAGAGUUCGUCGCCGCCUGGUGGUGACACUGGCGUAAGCAGAGAGAGAGAGAGAGAGAGAGACAGAGAGAGAGAGAGGGAGAAGGCGCACGGGGAUCAGAGCAUGUCGCCUCCUGUUGCUGCACCACACCGUGGGAUCUGCUGUCGACCUUUCAGGCUCUACUCAUGAACGCAGGGAGCUUUUUCACGCGUUUACUCGCUAUGUGCGACCCGAAAGCCUGACGGAGCGAACCAGUACGGCGUGUUCUCCGAGUCUGCAGGGGGAAAACCGGGGCUUGUCUGCGGGGAUCUUUUUUGGCACAACUUGGUAGAGAAGUCGCUUGCUGCGGUUGCUGCUGCUGGAGGAGGUGGUUCGCUCGGAACUGCUCGCAGGGAAAGUGUGAAACAAGUGUCAGCAAGAGAGCAACAGAUGUUUUUAGUGGAUAUGCGGCCGGCCGAGGAAUGAAAGCAGCAGCGAGGCACCGGCGGCCCUUCCAGCGGUUCUGCUGCUGUGGAGUCGGGCUGGUCGCCGUCAUUUGGCUCACACAGGUCAUCCAGACGCCAGAGACAGAGUCUUCUGGGUUCCGGCCUGGCGUGAAUGGUGCAACGCUGCGUUGGACUCGCAGACUGAUGCAGGAGAAGUCGGACAACCAGAGCACGGAGCCCCGGGCAGCCAUCCAUGAAUUUCCAGAGGACAUCUUUACCAAGGAGCAGCGAAAGAAGGGAGCUGUGUGUCUUCAUGCACUCUGUGCCAUCUACAUGUUCUACGCUCUGGCCAUAGUCUGUGAUGACUACUUUGUCCCUUCCCUAGAGAAAAUAUCUGAGAACCUGCAGCUCAGUGAAGAUGUGGCCGGGGCGACAUUCAUGGCUGCAGGCAGCUCUGCUCCAGAGCUCUUCACCUCUCUCAUUGGUGUCUUCAUUACUAAAGGAGAUGUUGGAGUCGGCACGAUCGUGGGCUCUGCCGUCUUCAACAUCCUGGUCAUCAUAGGCCUGAGUGGAAUCUUUGCAGGCCAGAUAGUGGCUUUGACAUGGUGGCCCCUUUUUAGAGACUCCUCCUACUACAUCCUUGCUGUACUGACCCUCAUCUUGGUUAUCUAUGAUGCCAGAGUUGUCUGGUGGGAGUCCAUUCUUCUCAUGACUAUGUAUGGAAUUUACAUUAUAAUCAUGAAGUUUAACUCCCAAAUUUUGGCAUUUGUGACAAGUCAGUUCAGUAGCACUGGACCCUGCUGCCUCCGGUCAGAGGACCACAGAGAGGACAAGAUGGGAGAGGACACCUCCGCUUGCAACACCUCCAUGGUGCUUCUCAAUAAAGGCCAAGCUCAUUCUGAGGAGUCUCCUCCAGUUCUCAUGGUGGAUGAGCUCCUCAUCCUCAACCCCCACAAACUUUCCUUCUCUGAGGCUGGCCUGCGUAUUAUGAUCACCCCUCACUUCUCCCCCCGCACCAGGCUAACAAUGGCAGGACGCAUGGUCAUCAGUGAGAGACAGAGGCUGAUCCAGAGUUCAAAGAGCCAGCAGGAUGGGGAGGCCAGUCCCGGGUCAAGAGGGGGCUCAGCCAGCAACAGUCUGAAGAGGACGGGCUCCUGCAGUCUGGAGAACGGAGGAGGGACACCUGGGAUGCGAGAUGUAGAGCUGGGAGACCAGACUGGGGUUGAGGUGUGCCAGCCAGGGGAGAAGGAAGAGGAUGAUGAUGGGAUUUUCAGUCCCAUCCGCAUACCAGGAGGCUGCGGUGCGCGGGUAAAGUGGGUGAUCACAUGGCCUCUAGGUCUCCUGCUUUACUGUACUGUGCCUAACUGUAUCCUGCCACGCUGGCACCGCUGGUUCAUGGUCACCUUUGUGGCCUCCACCCUGUGGAUCGCCAUCUUCUCCUACCUCAUGGUGUGGAUGGUCACCAUCAUCAGCUUCACACUAGACAUCCCAGACUACAUCAUGGGCAUAACCUUCCUGGCAGCAGGGACCAGUGUGCCAGACUGCAUGGCAAGUCUGAUUGUAGCUCGACAAGGCAUGGGGGACAUGGCAGUUUCCAACUCCAUAGGCAGCAAUAUCUUUGACAUCCUGCUCGGGUUGGGUUUCCCCUGGGCUCUGCGUACCCUUGUGGUGGACUAUGGAUCAUCAGUCUCAAUAAAUAAUAAAGGACUGGUGUAUUCUGUCAUCUUGCUGCUGGCGUCUGUGUUUCUUACGGUGAUGAGUGUUCACCUGAACCACUGGAAGCUGGAUCGCCGGCUGGGUCUGGGGCUGUUGUUUCUCUAUGCCAUCUUCCUGCUCUGCUCCAUCCUCUUUGGGCACAUGUGAAGCCUUAAGGUCAAGGUCACCCCUGUCAGGCAAGAUGUGGCAGUGAUAGUGAAUGGAUGCAGCAGCUGAAUUAAUAGAAAGAGGAUGUUUAGUUCAUGACUGCCAUCUCAUGGAGUAAACCAGAAAAAAACAACAACACAGAUCUUCAGUUUUUUCUUUCUACCUGGCCUUUACUGCUAAAUAUCACAACCUCCUCACUGAGGUUUCUCUGUCUCUUUCUAAGUCAUGUAAAUCAGAAAUAUUAAAUGUGUAGAAACCUGGUGAAGCCUUUUGACACAAAUCUGACUUUCUUGUAUUCUGGGAAACAAAGCUUUAAGUAGAUUGGUUGAGUAUAAUUUUAAGUCUUAAGUUUCCAGAUUAAGCUUUAACAUGGCCAAACUGCAUUUAAUUAAAAAUGGGGACAGCCGCUGUCCUGUGGGGGACAACACCAGCAGUUCUAUAGUGCCUAGUAUUUUAUUUUUCUGAAGACAAACUUCAUACAAUGAAACAUUUCAUCACAAACCAAAUGGAAGUUCACCCUAAGAGAGUUUACCUACUGUGUAAACCUACGAGCUCAGUAUAACUGUUAUGAACAAUCCUCUCCCAGAGCUUGAAACCACAAAACCAUAGCCUCAUAUUUAACAGUGGCACCUGCAGCUGUAAUCCUGUACGCACUUUAAAAAUAAAAAUGUUCUCAAAUUUUAGCCACUGUGUUUGGCCGCCAUUGAUAGAGAAAUAUAGCUUCAAAUGUAUGGACCGAAGAGCUAUCUAAUAUGAUAUCGCACACCCCCGAAG